GGAAUACUCACCACUAUACUACAACGACUUGUUGGUUUUAGUGGUUAGGUAAAAGUUUAAUUAUAAAAGUUACGGCUGUCAUCUCUCAACCAUCACGGGGUCAGAUUAUCUGCCCUGGCAUAAACCCAGCGCCACAGUUCCUCCAGGUGGUCCAACAAUGGAAUUGUCAUUCUCUUCAGCCACGCCAGGAAGACAUCGAGCAUGUCCUUUUGCAGGGUCUUUGCUCCGAGGAAGAGUUAAGACGCAUGAGUGGACUCCUUGCUUACUGUCCAUUGGGCGGCCAAAGAAUUUUGUGCAACUAUCAUUUUGGCACACUAGCUAUCCUAAAAGGAAGGAUGUGCUCUUUAAGGUUUUAUGUGGUCAAAUGGAUGAAAGGAGAGUUGUUCAUGUAGUAGAGGGCAGUUGUAUAGAUGAGAUAUAUGAUGCACUGGCUCAACGUCUUCUAUCUGCAGCAGCAACGACAGCAAACUCUAAUUUUAAGUAUUUGGUUGGUUUGGCUGGUCCUCCUGGUGCUGGAAAAAGUACUCUAGCACAUGAAGUAGUCAGUCGUAUAAACAAAUUAUGGCCAGAGAAAUCUUGUUCAUUAGAUUCUCAGGUCAAGCCUUCUGAUGUUGCUACAGUGGUUCCAAUGGAUGGUUUUCACCUUUAUCGUUCGGAACUAGAUGCAAUGGAGGACCCAGAGGAAGCACAUGCCAGAAGGGGAGCUCCAUGGACAUUCAAUCCUUCACGCUUGCUUACAUGUCUCAAGAAUUUAAGACGUCAGGUAAGGGGAUCAGUAUAUGCACCAUCAUUUGACCAUGGUGUUGGGGACCCUGUGGAAGAUGAUAUUUUUGUGAACCUUCAGCACAAAGUGGUUAUUGUAGAAGGUAACUACUUGCUCUUGGAAGACGGCAUAUGGAAGGAGUUAUCAUCUUUGUUUGACGAGAAGUGGUUUAUUGAUGUAGACAUUGACAAAGCCAUGCAACGAGUUUUAAAGAGACAUAUAUCAACUGGCAAGCCCCCCGAAGUUGCUGCAUAUCGAAUAUCUAACAAUGACCGGCCCAAUGCAGAGCUGAUCAUGAAGUCCAAAAAAAAUGCUGAUAUUGUAAUUAAGUCAGUUGAUUUCUGAUCAUGCAUAUUGCUGGAAACGGGAAAAUAGAGGAAAGGAAUUUAUUUAUUAAACUGAAGAAAAGUAUUAGGAGGAGGUCGUUGAUGAGAAAAUAAUCCCUGGGAUAAUGUAUUUUAUUGAUUGCAUGCAAAAUCAUGUCCUCUCCUCUGGUUAUAUUCGGAGGGUUUGUUUUACUUUUUCUAAUUAUUUCCCUAUGGUCUAGUGGUUUUAAUUUCAGGACCAAA